AACCUUCCCCAACUCCUACUAUAAAAUGAGCCCAUCCGCCUCUGAUAAGCCUCUCCCACCCCAUCACGCUGAGCACAUGGCCGAAGCUGUCGCAGAAGCUUGUCGAGGUGUCGAGUGUGGAGAUGGUGGACCAUUCGGUGCGGUUGUAGUUGAUUCAAACGGGAAAGUGGUCGCAAAAGGCCACAAUAUGGUGCUGGUCACCAAGGAUCCGACAAUGCACGCCGAGAUGACUGCUAUUAAGAAUGCCUGCAAGGCAUUGGGAACUUUUGACCUAUCUGGACAUAUUUUGUACACAUCUUGCUAUCCAUGCCCAAUGUGCAUGGGCGGAUGCCUUUGGGCUCGAUUCGACGCAAUUUACUACGGAGCAACUGCUCAGCAGGCGGCCGAGAUUGGAUUCGACGACAAAGCAUUCCACGACUUCCUAAAAGACCCGAAAAGCGAUGAAAUCCGAAAAUUGGAGCAUUUGGCAGCCGACAACUACCUACUCCCAUUCCAAAUGUGGUCCAACAAACCGGACAAGACAGAAUAUUAAUUGGAGUAUUUUUUUGAAAAUUGUUUCGUUAAAUAAAAUUUGAAAAACA